AUGGCAGAAAUUGAGAAGCAGCACGGCGCCUUCUACGAAGAAGCCGCCAACAGCGCUGGUUCUGACUCUGAUGUCGACACGGAAUUCUCGCCGCAAGAGCAGAGGUCCAUUGUGCGAAGAGUCGAUCGACGUCUGGUCUCGACCGUUGGCUUGAUGUACUGCAUCUCGCUCAUGGACCGUACGAACCUGUCUGCGGCGAAUAUCGCGGGCAUGAAAGUUGAUCUGGCCAUGGUCGGAAAUAAUCGAUACUCACUCGUCACCCUACUCUUUUUCAUCACCUACAUCGUCUUCCAGCCGCCAUCCACUGUCAUCGUCCGCAAAAUCGGCCCUCGAGUUCAUCUCUCCACUAUCACCCUCCUCUGGGGCGCCGUCAUGAUCGGUAUGGGCUUUGUGCGUGAGUGGCAGCAACUGGCCGCUCUCCGCCUCGUCCUCGGUAUUUUCGAGGCCGGCUUCUUUCCCAGCUGCGUUUAUCUCCUGAGCACGUGGUACACCCGCUACGAGGUCGGCAAGCGUUACUCCUUUUUCUACAUCAUCGGCUGUGUCGCCUCCGCCUGCUCUGGCAUCCUAGCUUAUGGUCUCAUGCAAAUGAAAGGUCUGGCCUCGCUCAAUGGCUGGCGCUGGAUCUUCAUUAUCGAAGGCACCGUGACCUGCAUCAUCGCCAUCGGUGGCUAUUGGGCGCUGGUGGGCUUCCCGGACGACGUCAAUUACAAGUCAUUCCACUUUCUGGCACCUCAAGAAAUCGCCUUUAUCGUACGUAAAGUUAACCGCGACCGCGGCGACACCAAGCUUGAGCCUUUCAAUCUGAGAAAGUUUCUCGGCGCUGGCUCCGAUUGGAAGAUCUGGUGCUAUGCCCUGAUUUUCUUCAACACAACCACUGUAACAUACGCACUCGCAUACUUCCUGCCCAUCAUCCUCCAUGUCAACAUGAAAUUCAGCAUCGGCGCCUCGCAGUGCCUCGUCGCACCGCCAUACGUCUUUGGCGCAUUUGUCAUGUACGGCACCGGCUAUGUCGGCGACAGAUUCAAGAUCCGCGGACCGCUCAUCCUCUUCAACAUGCUACUCUGCCUCAUCGGCCUUCCAAUCAUGGGCUUCCACUCCUCGCCCGCCGUGCGCUACUUUGGCGUCUUCCUCGUCACCGCAGGCGCAAACGCAAACGUCCCGUCCGUCAUGUCAUACCAGGCGAACAACAUCCGCGGCCAAUGGAAGCGUGCAUUCUGCUCCGCAACCUUGGUCGGGUUUGGUGGUGUCGGGGGUAUUGCCGGUAGCUUGGUGUUUCGCGAUCAAGAUAGCCCUACAUACCACCCUGGUGCGUACGCGUGUAUUGCCUGUUGCUUGUUGACCGUUGUGCUGGUGUGUAUUCUCAGCGUGGCGUUCUACGUCGAGAACGGAAAGCAGGCACGAGGCGAGAAGAGGCUGGAGAGCCAGGACGAUGAUGUCCAUGGCGACUUCAGGUACACGUACUAGCCUGGCGCUGUAUAUGAUGGGACGAGAGGGAUGUAUCUAGCUGGGUGGAACAGGGAUGUACAUGAUUGAUGAAGGAAUAUGAAUAUACCCGACAGAACGCAUUCUACACAUUGUGAUGUCGAUUCAGUGCCACCGUUUGCUAUACGAUCAACCCUUCACAGUCGUGUCUGCUCGCAUUAUAGUCAAAGACUGCUAAUUUCAAUACCACUCGCAGAGGAGCCACAUCUCAUAGUGAUCGUUGCGGUAGGCGCUGUAUAUAUCCCUGUAACAUUGGUGUUUCUGCAUCCUAGCCUCGCCUCACAGAUCCGAAGUAAGCUUCUUUCUCAAACUAUGCUGGUAUCCGUACGAUAGUCAAGUAUUAUAUUAUAUAGAACCGUCAUUAUCGUGCAUAAGAGGUUGUGACUGUAUAGGUAGGUGGGAUGCGUAGAGUAAUGAUUUCUAGGCUUUAGAUAUUAAACUGAUAUAUCUAAAGUACAAGAUCGUGGAACGUGAACAUCGGG